CCAGAGCGAUACAGGAAGCUCAGAGGCUGUGUGGUUGUUAAACAAAGAAGCAUCAUUCCCCCUCCCUCUCCAUGCUACCCCCUCCUCCAUCCUCCCUCCCUGCCUCCUCCAUCCUCCCACUCUACUCAGCCUGUCACUGGGUGGCAGAGGAGGCAGAUCACUCAGUGAACACGGCUUGGUGGAAGCCACGCAGCAGCUGAAGGGAAGCCAUGAUUAGAGAACACUCCGCUUUAAAUGAGGCGGAGGCAGGAGGAAGAGGAGGAUCUGCUGCUUGGCUAUGAGCAGCAGGCCCUGGGGAGGAAAUGGGAGCCAAGGCUUCGCUGGUGGAGGGUGCGGGGCCCGGCCCGUCACUGGUUCCUUCUCCCACUCUGGAGAACAUCCAAGCAGCAUAUGAGGACGGAGAGGGGGAGGCUGCCAGGGAGCUGAUCCAACAAGCCUGCUGUGUGGAGUGCAGUGCAGGCAUGCCUCCUAUCAACGGGGUGCGUCUCCUGUGUUUGGCCACUCAGCAUGGCGACCUGCAGAGUGUGUGUUACCUCCUGAACGAAGCCGGUAUCACUGUCCCCCAGGAGCCAUCCAGCAGCCACCCAGCCAUCCUGGCAGCGUACUACGGCCACGGCAGCUUGGUCAAAGAGCUGCUGGACUCUAUACCUGGUCCAUGUCUGAGAAGAGACUUGCUGAAUUGGAUGCUCGCUACCUCCUGCCAGCAGGGUCACCUGGACGUGGUCCGGCAGCUGGUCCUCAGCUACAAUGCUGAUGCCAAAGACUGUGCCGUCCACAGCGACCAGUUCGCUGUCAUCACUGGGCUGCCGCUGUAUGCUGCUGCAGAGGCAGGCAAUGAGGACAUAGCUCACUUCCUGCUGCAGAACGGAGCAGGAUUCUCCUCAUACACCCUGAUGGACCAUCCGGCCUUCAGCAAACACCUCCUCAGACUCAAACUACAGGAGACCUCCAACGCAGGAGAGGAGGCUGUCUCUGUGUGCUGGAAAGGUCUACAACUUCCCUGGUUGGACCUGGACUGGUUCAUGGACGUCUCCUCACGGAUCACCCACCUGGAUCUAUCAUCCAACAGCCUGGCGGCCCUGCCCUCUGUGUUGCCUUGGGGUCUCAUCCACCUGCAGACUCUAGAUAUAUCAAACAAUCAGCUGAGAGAUGUUCCUGCUGCUCAAAACUCCCAGGAGGUCAUCUGCUCAAGUUUACAGCAGAUAAAUCUCUCUCAGAACCGGCUCACCUGUCUGCCAGCCGGUCUCCUCCAUCUGACCAACAUCCAGAAACUUUCUGCUGCAAAGAACCAGCUCACAGUCCUGUUUGACAUCCCCUCCACUACUAACUGGAUAGGUCUUCGUAAGCUGGAGGAGCUGGAUGUGUCUGAGAACUGUCUGACCGCUCUGCCCACAGCAGUCAUGCACUGUUUGAAAUCCCUGCGUUCCCUCAACGUGUGCAGGAACACACUGCGCAGCUUCCCUGAUCCUUGGGCUUGUCCUCUGAAGCAAUGCAAAGCUUCCUCCAAUGUGAUCGAGAGCCUUCCAAACUAUGUCUCCAUCUCCUGGAGGACUCAGCUGCAGGAGGUGGACUUCUCUGACAACUGCCUGAAGGAGCUGCCUCUUUAUAUCUUUGAACUGGAGGCUCUGGUCUUGUUGAGAUUGUGUGGGAAUCACAUUGCGACACUCCCAGCCCCCAGUAAGUGGAAGUGCUCUCAGCUCAGGACCCUCGAUCUUUCCAGGAACCAGCUGGGAAAAACAGAGGAUGGGACUAAAUCCAGGAGGCUGGCCUUCUUGAAUACAUGGACCAGAAGGGACCCGGACCCUGACCCAGUGUGUUCCAUAGAGUUCCCCAUCAUUCUGCGGGAUUCUCUGGAAGUGCUUUUCUUGAAUGACAAUCAGCUGGAGUGUGUACCCAAAUCAGUGUGUGGUCUGCACAGCCUCGGUGAGGUCUACCUCUCCAAUAAUCCUGGAAUCCGGGAGCUUCCAGCGGAGCUCAGUCAACUUUCCAACCUGUGGCAACUGGACAUUGAAGACCUCAACAUUACUAAUGUCCCCCAGGAAGUACGAAAAGAAGGUGCUACAUCUGUUUUGGCUUUCCUCCGGGCACAGCUUCGAAAGGCAGAGCCUUUUAAGCUGCUGAAGAUGCUUCUGAUUGGUCCCCCGAGACAGGGGAAGACGGCGCUUCUGGAUGCUCUUCAGACCGGCAGGGUGGCGCCCUUCAACCCAGCGGAAUGCAGCAUCUCCACCUCCACCUGGGAGCUGGACAAACCCAAUGCAGGCAAAAACAGCAAGGACUCUGUGGCGUUCAACGUGUGGGACAUCGGUGGUCAGGCCAGCAUGUCCACGGUGAACCAGUGCUUCUUCACUGAUAAGGCCCUGUACGUGGUGAUCUGGAACCUGGCUCUGGGAGAGGAGGGUGUCGCCAACCUGCAGACAUGGCUGCUUAACAUCGAGGCACGAGCACCCAACUCUGCUGUAGUGGUGGUGGGAACACAUCUGGACCUCAUUGACGCCAAGUUUCGCACUGAAAGGCUGGCCACGCUGAGAGCGUAUGUUCUGGCUCUGUGCCGAUCGCCCUCAGGGGCUCGAGCCACCGGCUACCCCGAUAUCACCUGGAAACACCUUCAUGAAGUGUCCUGUAAGACCCUGGAGGGCUUGGAUGGGCUGAAGAAGCUGAUGUACACGGUUGUUCUAUCUAUGAAAGACCGCAGCAGCACGGCCUGUGGCGGUAAGCUGCUGGGCAGACUGAUCCCCAAGAGCUAUCUGACACUUCAGGAAAGGGUGAUAGCAGAGAAGCAGAGGCGAGACGCAGAGGGGGAGGUUCAAUACUUGACUGACGUCCAGCUGGAUCAGAUCAUUGAACAGAGCCCAGGAAGUGACAUCACAGACUACGGGGACCUGCAGACUGCCAUCAGCUUCCUGAUGGAGACGGGAACCCUGAUGCACUUCCCAGACACUAGCCAUGGCCUUUGUACCCUCUACUUCCUGUGUCCUGUGUGGCUGUCCGAGUGUCUGGGGAGGAUCAUGCACCUCAAAUCCUCUCGCUCUGUCGCCAGGAAUGGAGUGAUCCGUGCAGAAGACCUGAGGAUGCUGCUGGUAGGAACAGGCUUCACCCCGCAGACAGAAGAACAGUAUUUCCAGUUUCUGGCCAAGUUUGAGAUCGCUCUUCCUGUGGCCAGUAGCAGCUAUUUGCUGCCCCACCUCCUUCCCCCCAAGCCAGCCAUGGACAUCCAUGGCUUCCGUCAGCAGGCCGACAACACCCUGCAGCGUCUUGUCCAGAUGAGUUUUGUUCCUGCUGGAUUUUGGGAGCGCUUAAUUGCCAGGAUGCUCAUCGGUCUCACAGAGAUGGACCUGCAGUCAUUUGAGCCCAAAAGAAACCAACGCAGCAGGAACUCAGUGAUCUACAGCUUCGCUGGAACCCAGCAGAGGAGCCGCUGCAGCACCUUCAGAGUCCGACGCAGCCAGACCAUAUACUGGAAGGAGGGGCUGCUGGUCACUUUUGAUGGAGGUUACCUCAGCGUGGAGUCGUCCGAUAUCAACUGGAGGAGGAAGAAAAGUGGAGGCAUAAAGAUUAUCUGCCAAUCAGAGAUGAGAGACUUCUCUGCCAUGGCCUUCAUCACAGACAACGUGAAUUCUCUGAUUGAGCAGUGGUUCCCUGCUCUGACUGCCAGUGAGAGCGAUGGCAGCCUCCUCAUGGAGCAGUACGCCCCGUGUCCACUCUGUGCCUCACUGGGCCGACCCCAGCACCAGGUGGGAGAAAAAGGAGCAGGUGGAAAUGGGGUGCAUUACUUUAACAUGGAGGACUGUGUGCUGGCUGCAGUGGAGAAGGAGCAUAUCAUCUGUCCUCAGCACCCUGACCAGCCCGUCACCCUGCAGGAGCUGGUCCCAGAGCUGUUUAUGACCGACUUCCCAGCACGGCUGUUUUUAGACAGGGCUCAGCUGGAGUACUCUGAGGAGGAGAAGAACAUCGUUGGUCAGGGUGGCAGUGGCACAAUCAUCUAUAGAGCCCGAUAUCGUAACCAGCCGGUGGCCAUUAAGCGCUUCCACUUCAAGAAGUGUCGACAGCAGCCCAUGAGCAGCGACACAGACACCAUGGUGAAACACCUGCAGUCUGCAGAUGCCUGUCGAAGCUUCUCCGAGUUCCGCCAGGAGGCCAGCAUGUUGCACUCUCUGCAGCAUCCCUGCAUCGUCCCCCUGGUGGGCAUCAGCAUCCACCCACUGUGCUUCGCCCUGCAGUUGGCCCCCCUGGGCAGCCUUAACACCGUGCUGGAGGAGAAGCGCAAAGGAGCCGGGUACAUGCCCCUUGGUCACAUGCUAACCUAUAAAGUAGCCUAUCAGAUCGCAACAGGACUGGCGUACCUUCACAGGAAGAGCAUCAUCUUCUGUGACCUCAAAUCUGACAACAUCCUGGUGUGGUCUCUGGAGGUGCAGGAUGCACUUAACAUUAAACUGUCCGACUAUGGCAUUUCCCGACAAACCUUCCAUGAGGGGGCGCUAGGGGUGGAGGGCACACCGGGUUACCAGGCUCCUGAGAUCCGACCAGGCAUCGUGUAUGAUGAGAAGGUGGACAUGUUCUCCUACGGUAUGGUGCUGUAUGAGCUGCUGUCCGGACAGAGGCCAGUGCUGGGCCAGCACCAGCUGCAGAUAGCCAAGAAGCUCUCCAAAGGCGUCCGGCCGGUGCUGGGCAGCCCCCAGGAGGUCCAGUUCUGCUGCCUGCACAGCCUGCUGACCCAAUGCUGGGACACCAAGCCGGAGAAGAGGCCGGUGGCCAUGCAGUGUGUGAGACAGAUGCAGCAGCCCAGUUUCCCCUGCCUCAAGUAUGUAUUGUCCUGUGACAGCCACUCGCAGCUCUUCCUGUCCCAGCUGCAGGGACAAGGCGCUGUGUUCUGGGACGGAGACAAGGACAACAGGAACUACAGUGUGGUGAAUGUGGAGGAGGGCCAGGUGGAGGUGAAGAGGAUGUCCUGUGCUGGAAGCAGGAUCAGCUGUCAGAUGAAGAUGGGUAACAUUCUGUGGAUGGCCACUGAGGACCAGGAGGUUUUCAUCUACAGUCUGAAGGACAUGUGUCCUCUCAGUCAACCCCAGAAACACUUCUCCUGUCCAGCCAUCAUCACCUGCCUGUUCCCUUUCCCGGCGAGAGAACAGAGCCUGGCCAGAGUGUUUGCGGGGAUGUCUGACGGCCUGGUGGCGGUGUACAUCCUAGUGGAGGACAUUCCCCUGGACGGGGAGACCUACCUGUGCUCACACACCCUCAACAAGACGGUGUUUGCUCUAAAGGACUCCGAUCCCAGGCAGAAACCCUACCCAGUCAGGAGCAUGGCACUGGUCAGCAGUGGCUCUCAGUUAUGGUUCUCCAAUGGUCCCGGCGUGCUGGUCAUUGACUGUGUGAGUCUUCGGGCGGUUCAAAGGCUCGAGCCCUACAACCCGCCUUCCUCCAUUGUAUCCAUGACAACCAGCUUCAGUCUGUGGGGAGAGGAGGCCGUGUGGACUCUGGACGACCACAUGAACACACUGCUGCUCUACCACGCUGCGUCCUACCAGCUCUGUGCCAAGUACUGCUGCGGAGACAGCACUCCUCUUCGGGAUGUCUUCGCUGUGCAUCGUCCUGCAGCAGUUACCAUGGCUACAACCGCUGAACCCAACCCAAAAGACCAGGAAGAGAAGCUGGAAGGCACAAGUGGAGAAGUGUCAUUGAUCUACAGUGAGGGGGCGGGCACUCAGAUCAUCCAGCACCAGGACUCCCAGACGGACUACUGCUCCAUAUCAUCCAUCUGCUCAGACCGCUCCAGCUCCACAAGUCUCACCUCAUUAGUCAGCCGCAGCACUGUGCCUCUGGCUGCAGACCCAGAGGAGACGGCCAGGGACCAGGACCAGCGGCCUUCCACCAAGCCUAAGUCGGAUCUAGACACUGCCGAGACCAGGAAGCUGCAAGCCUUCACUCUGCUGCCAGUGAAAGGAACACUGUGGAUCCCCAGGCGCGGAGGCGACGUCAUGGUCGUUGAAAUGCAGGUGCAUGGUGAUCAGCUGAUGGGGCGUGUCACUGCUGUUCUCAGUCCACCUGGAUGUUCGUCUUUGGGGAUCCUGGAGGAGGCCGCACUGGUGGCAAAGGACACAGUUGUAUGUGGCUUUCAGAAGGAAAACAUGGAGUGGUGCCUGUGUGUCUGGAGGGGCUGGGGCUGCCACGAGCUGGAGGUCUUCUACCAGUCCUACGAGGAGCUGGGCCGCGUGGAGACCCGCAUGAGGAAAAGAAGGUAGCUGUUGUGCUGCAUCGUAGACGUGCAGAAUCGCAGCUCUGUAUGGAGGCCGAGCCGAGGGGAAUACGCAGCGACAGACUACCAGUGUUCAGAGCGGGGGGCGCUGACAUCAGGGCGGGGGAGGGGGGCUGAGCCUCCAGCUGUGCACAGCGGUUAGGUCCCCUCACUACAUACCUCUGUACCAAUAAUAAAGGUGGACAUGAGGAGCCUGAGGCUGACUCACAAAUCAACCAGAACCAGAACACAACCUGUGCACUGGGGAUUGGAUUCAAACUGUUUGGCAUGACUGGAAUCAAGCUCAAGACGUGGUGGACUGUGUCUGACUCCAGCUGCUGCAAUCCAACGUUUAUUCUGCCUGUCUAUUUCAGUGUCCUUUUAUUAAACUCUUCCAAGAGCAACUUAACGGAUGGGGACUUUCUUUACAGACAAGUAUAAACUCUCUUUGAAUGGGUUGGUUGAAGAAGAUGCAGCCCAGAAACAGCUGAUGUUGUAGAUGGGUGGAGGGUAGUGACACUGGCUCAGAACACAGUGUUCCUCUCUCUAUCUGUAUCACAGGAAGUGCAUGACAGCCAAAGCUCCCGUAACACAGAACAUCUGUGUUCUAUUUAACAUUAUGCAACAGGCCAGUGGUUUGCAGCUCUUACCAUGGAAACAUACUUUAGAACAUGAAGCUUUAUUCUGGUUUAAGACACCACAGAGCUUUCCUGGAACAGGGGGCAAUGUGCAGUUAUCUUUGUCACAGGACUCGGGUUACCCUUACUUGUAGGAGACACAAGCCGGCCAUGGUUCAUUUCUUUUAUAACCCAACAUCACAAAUUACAAAUAUGUCUGAGAAGGUUUUACAGUCUGUACACGUGCAAUAUCCUCUGUCCCAGAACCGUCACAUGGGCACAGGAACAACGCCAGAGGAGGGAUCCCCCCUCGGAUGGACAGACUGCAUUGGAUUUCAUGUGUAUAAGACUCUUGAAGUCUGACAAGCAGGCCGGUAUCGUCUAGCUUGAUCAACAAAUACAAUUGGGUAUCGUCUUCAUACCAAUGAAAGUAUAUGCACUGAUUUUAUUACCUAAAGGAAGCAUAUAACAAUCGGUCCAAGCACAGGACUCGGUGAACAACAUUGGUGGUCAUCGAGGUUUCGAUGUAAACUGGGAUCGAUCCCACAAAUACAACAUCAACCAGC